CGCCGGUCCGGAUGCGCGCUUGACGCGGGGGAAGGGAGGGGAGGAAGAGGGGGGAGGGAGGGAAGGGAUGGAGGAUGGAGAGAGGUGGUGGUGGUGGUGGUGGUGGGGGGGUGAGGCAGUGAGAGAAGGGACGCGAUGGAGGUGGAGGAGGAGGAAUUGAUGGAGUGGAGGGAGGGGUGAGUAGGGGUGAGUAGGGGUGAGUAGCAGCAGUCUCGCCGAGACGUCCCCGAGUCUGCAUGACUCCCGCUCGCGUGCCGGGCGCGUGCCCCUCCUUGUCCACGUUCCUCUGGCGGGGCCGCGCGUCCAGGCGCGCGCACAGCUCCCGUACAAGAAUGCGCUGCUGCUACUUCUGCUGCUGAUGCUACUGCUGAUGAUGAUGCUGCUGAUGAUGAUGACGAUGAUGGUGAUGUCUCGUGGUGUGCGUCGCACGCGUUUUGGCUGCCGCUGCUGCUGCUGAUGCUGCUGCUGCUACUUCUGCUGCUGAUGCUGCUGCUGAUGCUGAUGAUGAUGGCGAUGAUGGUGAUGUCUCGUGGUGUGCGUCGCACGCGUUUUGGCUGCGCGCUGCUGCUGCCGCUGCUGCUGACGCUGCUCCUGCUGCGGCUGCCGGGCCUCGAGCGCGACCUCUCGCCGGGUCCCCUCGGCGCUCAGGGGGCCGCGGACCCCGUCGACGACCGGCGAGGAACGGGGGCCCGGAUCCACGGCGGGGUGGCGGCGAGGGGGUCGCGGCGGGGUUCGGGCAGCACUCUGUCGGGGGUCUUGCGCGCGGCGCAGCGCGAGAGGCGAGCGGCGAACCCCGUGGUGCCGGACCCCUCUUUGGGGGUCGACCCCCCGCGGGGACCCCCUCUGGACCCCCGCGAGAUCUUCUUGGCGGUGAAGACGACGCGUCGCUUUCACGAGGAGAGGCUGGCGCUGCUGCUGCGCACCUGGGUUUCGCGAGCGCGCGCGCAGGUGAGGCAAUCGCUCACCAUGGCAACGAUCACCGUGGCGACGAUCACCAUGGCAACACUCACCUUGGCAACGCUCACCGUGGCGACGAUCACCAUGGCAGCACUCACCACGGAAAUACUCACCACGGCAUCACUCACCACGGCAACACUCACCACGGCAUCACUCAUCCCGGGCUCACUCACCAUGGCAACACUCACCACGACAAUACUCACCAUGGCAACACUCACCACGACGCACAUCUUCACGGACGAGGUGGACGAGAAGCUCCUGGCUGCAGCAGGUCCCCAGCUCAUCGCCACCAACUGCUCCUCCAUCCACAGUCGCCACGCGCUCUCGUGCAAGAUGGCGGUGGAGCUGGACACGUAUCUCGUGUCCGGGAAGACCUGGUUCUGCCACGUGGACGACGACAACUACGUGAACGUGGGUGCCCUGGCGCGCGCGCUGGGGGCCUUCCCCAGCUCGGGCGAGGUGUACGUGGGCCGGCCCAGCCUGGACCACCCCAUCCGGGCCGUGGAGCGCGUGGGGAACGUCUCGAGGCCCGUCACCUUCUGGUUCGCCACGGGCGGCGCUGGAUUCUGCCUCAGCCGCCCACUGGUGCUGCGCAUGCGGCCCUGGGCCAGCGACGGGGAGUUCGUCCGCACGAGCGAGCGGAUCCGGCUGCCCGACGACGUCACCGUGGGGUACAUCGUGGAGGCGCUGCUGGGAGGCAGCCUCACGGCAUCACCCCUCUUCCACUCGCACCUAGAGACCCUGCCCCUGCUACCUGCAGGGCGCCUCACCCAGCAGGCGACGCUGAGCUACGGAGUGCUGGACAGGAAGAGGAACGUCAUCUCCUUGCCGGGUCCCUUCCCCCUUCACGCGGACCCCUCCCGGUUCCUGAGCCUGCACUGCCUGCUGUACCCCGACACCAGCUGGUGUCCACGGGGGACCCUGAGGUGACGACUGGGGGGGGAGGGGCAAGGAGAUACACGUGGAGCCCCGAGGAGACACGUGGGACCUUCAGAAGACACGUGGGGCCUUCAGAAGACACGUGGGACCUUCAGGAGACACGUGGGACCUUGAGGGGACACGUGGGGCCUUCAGAAGACACGUGGGACCUUGAGGAGAGACACGUGGGACCUUGAGGAGACACGUGGGACCUUGAGGAGAGACACGUGGGACCUUGAGGAGACACGUGGGACCUUGAAACACGUGGGGCCUUGAGAGACACGUGGGGCCUUCAGAAGACACGUGGGAACUUGAGAGACACGUGGGGCCUUGAGAGACACGUGGGGCCUUGAUGAGAGACACGUGGGGCCUUGAGGAGACACGUGGAGCCUUGAGAGACACGUGGGACCUUGAGAGACACGUGGGGCCUUGAGAGACACGUGGGGCCUUGAUGAGAGACACGUGGGGCCUUGAGAGACACGUGGGACCUUGAGAGACACGUGGGGCCUUGAGGAGACACGUGGGACCUUGAGAGACACGUGGGACCUUGAGGAGACACGUGGGGCCUUGAGGAGACACGUGGGGCCUUGAGAAGACACGUGGGACCUUGAGGAGACACGUGGGACCUUGAGCAGACACGUGGGACCUUGAGGAGAGACACGUGGGACCUUGAGGAGACACGUGGGACCUUGAGGAGACACGUGGGACCUUGAGGAGACACGUGGGGCCUUGAGGAGACACGUGGGACCUUGAGGAGAGACACGUGGGACCUUGAGGAGACACGUGGGGCCUUGAGGAGACACGUGGGGCCUUGAGAGACACGUGGGACCUUGAGGAGAGACACGUGGGGUCUUGAGGAGACACGUGGGACCUUGAGGAGAGACACGUGGGACCUUGAGGAGACACGUGGGGCCUUGAGAGACACGUGGGGCCUUGAGGGGACACGUGGGACCUUGAGGGGACACGUGGGGGUUAUCCAGAGACACGUGGGGCCCCCCAAGAAGAGACACGUGGGGGGAAGACCCCCCCCCCCGACUCCGGCGGGUGUGCGAGUGUAAAUACGAGACCGGAGGCGCUUAUUUAUUGGAUGCACUUUGUUGUCGUGUGAAUUCUCGCCGGCCCGGGGGGAGGUGAAUGAAUUGUGGCACUUUGUGAGCCUGCCGCUCCACCGUGGCCUGUCCCACCGCCGCCGCCGCCACUGCCGCCGUAGUUUCCACGAGCGUCGUUUGUGAGGCCCCCGGGGGCCUCCAUCCGGUCUGGUGGCCCGGCCCAGGGAAGAAGAGUGACAAGCCCCUUCAUUCACUCAUUCAUUCACUCACUCAUUCACUCACUCACCCACUCAGUCACCCACUCAUUGAUCCACCCACACAGCCACUCAUUCACCCACUCAUUCAUUAAUUCACUCAUUCACUCAUUCACUCAUCCACUCACUCACUCAUCUACUCACCCACUCAUUCACCCACUCAUUGAUCCACUCACACAGCCACUCAUUCACCCACUCAUUCACUCACUCACCCACUCAUUCACUCACUCAUCCACUCACUCAUUCACUCACUCACCCACUCAUUCACUCACUCACCCACUCACUCAUCCACUCACUCACUCAUCCACUCAUUCACCCACUCAUUGAUCCACUCACACAGCCACUCAUUCACCCACUCAUUCAUUCACUCACUUACUCAUUCACCCACUCAUUCAUCCACUCACUCAUUCACUCAUUCAUUCACUCACUCGCCCACUCAUUGCACAUGCAUAAUGUACGUUGGCUCGUUGAUCCUCCCCCCCCCCUCCCCCAACUUUGCGCAAGAGCGCAGAAGCGUGGUGACCACAUCUACGCCUCUGUGUAAGGAACAAACAGGUGGACUUCUCCACUAAUCUGGCUGUCGCCUGAUGAAGCUGAUUGUAAUUACUGGCGAAGCGUCGUACUCAGAUUGUAAAUGUCGUGGCUUGGCUCUCCAACACACCGGUUAGUGCUGUACUAGUGACGAAUUGGCACGUUCUGUUUAUGUGACAACCCUUACUAUCUGGCAACAAAACUGACACCUUUUUUUACAAGGAGUCAUGUUUGCAUAGACCAGGUAUUGUGGUCAAUGCAAACAUGACUCCUUGUAAAAAAAGUGUCAGUUUUGUUGCCAGAUAAAAGGGUAAAAAAACAAUUAUCAACCCUUACUAGUUGGCUGUGUCGGGUUGUGGAGGGUUUUAACGACACAUUUAUAUACUUAAGCGAUCUAAUAAAAAAAACACUCUAUUAUGGAUUAUUAUUAAUGACAAUUUUUCCCAUCCACUUAACUCUCCAAAAAUGUUCGAAUGUGAGAAAUAAAAAAAAUUAAAAGAAGUUCCGUUUAAGCGGUCGUAAGAUGAACAGGCUUUUUCCGGAGUAAGUGGAGCGUAGGGAAAUGAUAAAAACGCAGCACCUCCUCCCGCAGACGAGAGGUGGGACUUGACGGGACCCUCCGUAGUAGUUUUGCGAGAUCCGCUUGCGUGUGCCGGGGGCCGUUCCGCGACGGGCAAGCGAUCAACGGAAGUGAAUCUCUUUGAGUUGUGCGCCUUUUAGCGUCAUCUGGUCCAACACCAAUGGAAACUAGGCUCUAAGAAAAGCUGUCUCGGGUGUGAACUGAUCAACUUCAAGGACAGUGCAAACAUUAUCAGCGUUGUGUUAUUUGUUUGCAUUACGACCGCAGGUAUUGUGGUCAAUGCAAACAUGACUCCUUGUAAAAAAGGUGUCAGUUUUGUUGCCAGAUAAAAGUGUAAAAAACAAAACAAUUAUCAUUAUUUGCUACUGGCAAAUGAGGUUCCAAUGGUGUAAAUUCUUACCCCGAGCUCUCAUACUCUGAUGGUGCAUUGCCUUUGAGUUGUGCGCCUUUUGGCGUCAUCUGGUCCAACACCAGGGUGAGACUAGGCUCUCAGAAAAGCUGUCUCGGGUGUGGACCAAUCAUCUUUGAGUUGUGCGCCUUUUGGCGUCAUCUGGUCCAACACCAAUGGAGACUGGGCUCUAAGAAAAGCUGUCUCGGGUGUGGACUAAACAACUUCAAGGACAGUGCAUAUAUCAUUAUCAUCAUCAGAGUUGUUUCUUUUUGUUUGCAUUCUGACUGCUUGUGUUGUGGUUAUU